AUGGAGGCAAGCAGAUCAGAAAUUUCUGCAGCUGAUAAGAGUGAGGAAGUAACGUAUAUUUCUGUCAAAUUCUCUCAGACUCCUCCACCAAGGACCAAAGCUCCACAGGCAAAAAGAGUUCCCCACCUGUGGUCAGCAGUUCUGAAGGGCUUGGCCAUAGGCUUUGGGACACUGAGCAUCUUCCUGGCAAUUGUUUUGAUUUGGAAGAUGAGUGAUUGCCACCCACACUGCCCUCAACAGUGGGUGGCCUACAGAGGGAGCUGCUACUCCUUCUCCACGGAGAAGAAGGACUGGAAUUCCAGCCAGGAAUCCUGCAGGGCACAGGGAGCUCACCUCCUGGUGAUCAGUGAUGCCUUGGAGAUGGAUCUGUUCAAGAUUAUUCAAGCAGAAUGUUUCUGGAUUGGACUGAGGAACAGUACAAGCUCUGGAUGGAUUUGGGAGGAUGGCUCUGUAUUAAGUGAUGCCAGGGUCCACUCUAACAGCCCUGUGCAAAAUUGUGCUGUCCUGAUGAAACAUCAGUUUUAUGCCUCCAGCUGUGAAGUUUUAGCUCCAUGGAUCUGUGAGAAAGCACUUAGAUAAAUCCUAUGUGCUUUUUCAUCUCACAACGACCUCAUCAGUGGUCUUAGUUGAUCAUUGUCCUGCAAACUGAAGCUUCACACAAGAGCAAGGACUCGCCUUUUCCAUACCCUCACUAAAGUGUUUUACAAGGACAGGUUUGUUGUUUGUAAGGGUGAAUUACUCCCAGCAAUAGAUCUAUUCUCAGUCCACAAGUGUUAGAUUACUGCUGUUUGUGAUCAGAUGAGACCUGGGACAUAUUCCCUGGCCUACUCUUUCCCUUAUUUAUCCCAUAAAGGCAAAUAAAAGCUUUGUUACAAUAGGUGUCUUCAGACCUCUGAGGGGGACCUAGUCAUUUUCCCUCACUUUUAAGUAUCAGAUUUAAUUUCCAUCCCCUGCAACUCCAUUGUCUGGUAUCAGAAGGACCAGGAAGAUGAGGCCUACUGUUCACUGACAGAAACCAUAUUUCUCCCAGUGGCAGCUUCUCCUUUUGCAUCCCAGUGGUAUGAGUGGGAGAGAAGAGGGUGAAAUGAAACUGCAGCUUCUGUAAA